GCGAUUCGGACGUUGCGCCUUCGCUAUAUAAUGUCUUAUUCAGAAGCUCUUGCUCCUUCUUCCUGACGUUUGACCACAAUGGCGCCGCCUUUCUCUUCGAAACCGCAUAUUGAACCAUCCCUCAAGCGCGUGAGGGUCCUGUUCGGUGGACAGUACAUCGUCGACACCAAGAAAGCCAAACUCGUCUGGGAACACCCCUAUUAUCCAACUUACUUCUUUUCAAGCGGAGAUAUCAAGAAGGAAUUCUUACAACCAUCAGUACCGGAUGACACUAAGGAAGAAAAUCAGCAGAGCUAUGACGUCGUCGUUGGCGAGAGAGUAGCCAAGAAGGCAGUUACUAAGUACACUGACGGCGCUGGUGACCUCUCUGGACUAUCAAAAGUGACUUUCGGCUCGAUGGAUGCCUGGUUUGAGGAGGAAGAACAAAUCUUCGUGCAUCCCAAAGAUCCAUACAAGAGGGUCGACGUACUGCAAUCAUCAAGACACGUCCGUAUAGAAGUAAACGGCGUAGAAGUCGCCAACACCCACAAACCGCGCUUGCUUUUCGAGACAGGCCUACCAAUCCGGACGUACAUCCCCAAGACAGAUUGUCGUCUUGACUUACUGGAACCCUCAAGUCUCACUACGCAAUGCCCGUACAAGGGAGUUGCUUCGUACUACUCAGUCCGCUUGCCCAAGAAUGGAAACCUCGUUGAGGAUAUCGUUUGGUGGUACCGUAGUCCACUUGCGGAGUGCAUUGACAUCAAAGGCUACGCUGCAUUUUACGACGAGAAAGUGGAUGUCUGGGUGGAUGGUGAGAAACAGGAAAGACCGAAGACGCCAUUUCCCUAAAACCAAGUACUUGAAGAAACAGAGAAAGGUGUAAAAUAGUGUAUUACGAUGUUGAUUUCAUUGCUCCCUUACAGAAGUUGUCAACCUCAAAUUUGAAUGUAAC